CUUUGUCUCCGCCCUCCAAAAAUUGACUAGGAUUUGGUAAUUUUAUGAGUGUAACAAAAAAUCAACAAGAAAUGGUGACAGCUUGAUUGCUGUAUUUGAAAUUGAGAGUGAAAUUUAAAAGGGGAAGUUCCUUAGAACACCAUAAACUCCGUUAAAAAUAGUUGCUGAGAAAAUAAUAUGGUGAAAGGAUUGCAGCAACAAAAUCUACCUGCCGACGUAACUCAGCUUGUCGAGCAAUUAGAGCGACAUUGCUUGGCUUCUGAUGGCUCACUUGUAUCUAAAUCUGCUUAUUCCGAUCUUCAACUCGCCAGAGAGGAGAUGUGUAGGGAAAGAUUGCGGUAUUUGGAAGCCAUGGCUAUUUAUUGUGAAGCAAUUGCCAUGGUAGAAGAAUAUCAGCAAGCUUUGUCAGUUGCUAAUCUUGGAGGGAUUCGUGAUGUACCGGGUCUAUACCCGCAACUCGGUCUUAGGAACUCUCCUCAGGUUUAUGAGACUCUGGAGCAUCGGCUUGUUGUUGCUGAGGCUGCUCAAAAGUUGAGACUUCCUCUUAUAUCCAAAGAUGGUGAGAUUCACGAAGAGGAGAUUGAGAAAUGGAGCAUUAUGUCCAGAAGCUCUCUUGAUAGUACGAGUACAAAUGUGACAGUGAGCUCGAGUACUAAUUCAACAAACUAUGGUAUUAGUACCCCCAGUACAGCGACAAAUGUUGCAAUUUCUAGUACUACUGAUAUGAGUGAUCCAGGCAUUGGUGGAGCUUCAAACCGUUACUUGGGAAUCACUUCAAAUUAUUUAUGGCAGACUCAACUUCAUCAGGUUCCAUUGUCCGUGGAUAUGGCAGAGUAUCAGAUGUCACUCUUCCGUGAGAUUGAGGCUCGUCUGAAAGUAAAAUGUGACAAAUUGGCCUAUGCUUUUGUAAUGGAUGAUGGUGACAAUUCAGCUGGACAUCAGAACCUAAGUUCACGACUUCCGCAAAGGGUUAAAAUUAUGAUUGAAGAGAUAGAAAGGGAGGAAGAAGCUUUAAAAGAGGAUCUCUACUCUGCUGAUAGGAAAUUUGCAGAAUAUUAUAAUGUCUUAGAGCAAAUACUUGGCGUGCUUAUUAAACUAGUCAAAGAUUUGAAGUUGCAAAAUCAACAUAAUUAUGAUGAACUGCAGAAAACUUGGCAAAUUAAGAGACAUGAGGCCAUGGGUGCUAAGCUGAGGGUAUUGGAGCAUAUUCUCCUUGUUGCGACUUACACUCAAGAAACAAUACCAGCGCUCCACAAGAUCAGGAGGUACCUAGUUGAGGCAACAGAGGAGUCUUCAACAGCAUAUAACAAAGCAGUGACACGGCUUCGGGAGUACCAAGGAGUUGAUCCACACUUUGACUCAAUAGCAAGACAGUACCAUGACAUUGUUAAGAAACUAGAAAAUAUGCAGUGGACAAUUCAAGAGGUUGAAAUGGACUUGAACUAUUUACCAGAUCACUCAAGCACAUAGAAGGGUGUUUUUUUUUUUUUUUCCCUAUCAAUUUCUUUAAAAUUGUUCUUCUGGAUUUUAUGUAAACAUAUGUAUGUAUUAUUCUGUUGUAGUGAAGAUGAUCUGCUGAUUAUCUCUAAAAUAACAUGUAUUCAUCCACAUCUUAUAUACUUUACAGAACAGAGGCAAGUAUUGUUAAGAUUUUUAUUCUCCAAGAGUUUGUGUCAGUAAUGAAUUCCAAAUUUUUGCUCGACAA